UGUCCUGUUCUGUAACUCACUCUACCAUGGAGGAUGUCCUGUACUCACUCUACCAUGGUGGACGUUUUAUUGUGCACUCACUCUACCAUGGAGUAUGUCAUGUUGUACACUCACUCUACCAUGGAGCAUGUCCUGUUUUGUACUCACUCUACCAUGGAGGAUGUCCUGUUGUGUACUCACUCUACCAUGGAGGAUGUCCUGUUGAACACUCACUCUACCAUGGAGGAUGCCCUGUUGUACACUCACUCUACCAUGGAGGAUGUCCUGUUUUGUACUCGCUCUACCAUGGAGGAUGUCCUGUUGUGUACUCGCUCUACCAUGGAGGAUGUCCUGUUUUGUACUCACUCUACCAUGGAGGAUGUCCUGUUGUGUACUUACUCUACCAUGGAGGAUGUCCUGUUGUACGCUCACUCUACCAUGGAGGAUGUCCUGUUUUGUACUCACUCUACCAUGGAGUAUGUCCUGUUUUGUACUCGCUCUACCAUGGAGGAUGUCCUGUUUUGUACUCACUCUACCAUGGAGGAUGUCCUGUUUUGUACUCACUCUACCGUUGAGGAUGUCCUGUUUUGUACUCACUCUACCAUGGAGGGUGUCCUGUUCUGUAACUCACUCUACCAUGGAGGAUGUCCUGUACUCACUCUACCAUGGAGGAUAUCCUGUUGUGUACUCACUCUACCAUGGAGGAUGUCUUAUUGUGUACUCACUCUACCAUGGAGGAUGUCCUGUUGUGUACUCACUCUACCAUGGAGGAUGUUUUAUUGUGUACUCACUCUACCAUGGAGGAUGUCCUGUUGUACACUCACUCUACCAUGGAGGAUGUCCUGUUGUACACUCACUCUACUAUGGAGGAUGUCCUGUUGUACACUCACUCUACCAUGGAGGGUGUCCUGUUGUACACUCACUCUACUAUGGAGGAUGUCCUGUUGUACACUCACUCUACCAUGGAGGAUGUCCUGUUGUACACUCACUCUACUAUGGAGGAUGUCCUGUUGUGCACUCACUCUACCAUGGAGGAUGUCCUGUUGUGUACUUACUCUACCAUGGAGAAUGUCAUGUUGUACACUCACUCUACCAUGGAGGAUGUCCUGUUUUGUACUCGCUCUACCAUGGAGGAUGUCCUUUUGUGUACCCACUCUACCACAAAGGGUGCAUGUUCAUUUUCUCUACCAUUAAACAUGAAAUAUAUCUUGUGUAUUCACUUUUCCAUGAAAGAUUUCUUGUGUAUUCACUCUACCAUGAAAGAUUUCUUGUGUAUAUUCACUUUUCCAUGAAAGAUUUCUUUUGUAUUCACUCUACCAUGAAAUAUUUCUUUUGUAUUCACUCUACCAUGAAAAAUUUCUUGUGUAUUCACUCUACCAUGAAAUAGUUCAUGUGUAUAUUCACUUUUCCAUGAAAGAUUGCUGUUGUAUUCACUCUACCAUGAAAGAUUUCUAGUGUAUUCACUCUACCAUGAAAGAUUUCUUGAUUAUUCACUCAACCAUGAAAGAUUUCUUGUGUAUUCACUUUACCAUGUAGAAUUUUCAUUCUACAUCGAAGGACAUCCUCUUCUAGAAUAUACAAUAAACUCACUUUGCCAUAAUAGACAUGCUAUGUAUUAUGGGUUUGUACUAAUCCUGCAAUACAUUCUACGUUAAGAGUUGAUUUAUAACUUAACUGCAAUAUCAACACUAUGCAAAUUCAAAUUCUCACUAUACAAAUGUAUCUCAACUUGUUUAAAUGUUUUCACUACAUAUAUAUACCUGAUCAUCAGUAAAAGACGUUUUGAUUGAUAA